AUUUUCCACAUGGACAAGUCAUUGGGGUAAAAGCGAUUUUGUCUUCACGACUAGAAACUGUGACCUUUCGAUUUUAUUCUCCGAUAUACCAGUGGCGCUUUAAAUUGUAAGUCAUCUCCCUUUUUGUUACAUUUUAAAAGACAAUUCUAUGUUUUAACAUGAUGAAAUGCAUCUAUCUUUACCAUCUUUCGGGACAGAAUUUGAUGUUGAGAUGCAGUUCUCUGACUUGAAAUUUUUUGCAAUCUUCUAAUCGACAAAGCUUUCUUUCAUGAAAGCUUCUCGUUCACGUCGUAUUUACUCUCUUAUACAGGUAUUAUGGUUUCUUCUUUGUAUUAAACGAACUGAGUUUGAAGUAUUUCUUGAAGACAACAGAGAUUAUCAGAUUCCCUCCUUUUGCCCCUUUAAAAUGUCGGACAUGGAUGAUGAUUUCAUGUGUGAUGACGAUGAAGAUUAUGACUUGGAGUACUCUGAAGACAGUGCCUCAGAGCCCGAUGUGGAUUUGGAAAACCAGUACUAGAAUUCUAAAGCCUUGAAAGAAGAUGAUCCUAAUGCCUCACUGCAGAGCUUUCAGAAGGUUUUGGAUCUUGAAACAGAAAAAGGUGAAUGGGGAUUCAAAGCACUGAAACAAAUGAUCAAGAUCAACUUCAAACUGGGUCACUAUGAUGAGAUGAUGACACGCUAUCAGCAGUUGCUCACAUAUAUAAAGAGUGCUGUCACAAGAAACCACUCUGAAAAGUCUAUCAACUCUAUUCUUGAUUACAUUUCCACUUCGAAGCAAAUGGAGUUGCUACAGAAUUUUUAUGAGACCACACUGGAAGCCUUGAAAGAUGCAAAGAAUGAUAGACUGUGGUUCAAGACAAACACAAAGCUGGGAAAGUUGUACUUUGACAGAGGAGAAUUCACCAAGCUGGCAAAAAUCUUGAAACAACUGCAUCAGUCAUGUCAGACAGAUGAAGGGGAAGAUGAUCUAAAGAAGGGAACUCAGUUGCUAGAGAUUUAUGCCCUAGAGAUCCAGAUGUACACAGCUCAGAAAAAUAACAAAAAGCUUAAAGCUUUGUAUGAACAGUCCCUUCACAUCAAGUCAGCCAUUCCACAUCCUCUUAUUAUGGGGGUGAUCAGAGAGUGUGGUGGUAAGAUGCACUUACGCGAGGGAGACUAUGGAGCAGCUCACACUGAUUUCUUUGAGGCUUUUAAGAACUAUGAUGAGUCUGGAAGUGGAAGACGCACAACUUGCCUGAAAUAUCUUGUCUUGGCUAACAUGCUCAUGAAAUCUGGGAUCAAUCCUUUGGACUCACAGGAAGCAAAACCUUACAAAAAUGACCCAGAGAUUCUAGCCAUGACAAAUCUUGUCAGUGCUUAUCAGAACGAUGAUAUCAAUGAGUUUGAGAAAAUUCUCAAAACCAACCGUAAGAACAUUAUGGAUGACCCCUUUAUAAGGGAGCAUAUUGAAGAUCUCUUAAGAAACAUCAGGACUCAAGUGCUUAUCAAGCUGAUCAAGCCAUACACAAGGAUCCACAUCCCAUUUAUAUCCAAAGAGUUGAACAUUGAUACAGAAGAAGUGGAAAGCCUUCUGGUGCAGUGCAUACUGGACAAUACCAUUCAUGGCCGCAUUGACCAGGUAAAUCAACUUCUUGAAUUGAACAGAACCACACAGAGUGUGGAUAGGUUCCAAGGACUGGAUAGGUGGACAACACAGUUAAAUUCGCUCCACACCACAGUUGUCAACAAGAUCGCCUAAGCAGUAAUUUACAUAAUCAACAGGUAAACAGAUAAGUAACUUUUUAGCAGGUCCUGUAGAUCUUGCUGUUAACCUGAAUAACAGGGUUUCUUGGACAUGCAUGUCUGUUGAUGCAUGUAGGUUUGUGUAAUGAUCUCAAAUAAGACGGCUCCAUUUUUCUUUUCUUUUUUUUUCCAGUGUACUGUAUUACUUUUGUCUUAAAAUCAGUGUAAGAUUGGAAGAAAGAAAGUGAGUGAGGAUUGCUGUGAUUUACGAAGCCAACACCACUGCAAUAGUUAAGACAAAAAUGUAGUGAUUGUUAAGCACUGGUGUACGGCUGUACAGGUAGUUUUUUUGAGAGAACUUGCAGAAACAUUUCAAACAAUUGGAACAGGCUUGUGGAACAGGCUAGGAAACAGUCAGUAAUUGUGAAUUCACUUUUUGUGUGUAAUUUUUCUCAGAGGUGAAGUUACUCAAGCCUUUUAAAAGUUUUUUGUAUUUUUGUUAGAGGUACUUUGUCUAACAAAAUAAUCAAUACAGGAAUACAGUAAAUGUUGGUUUUUGAUGAUUUGA